AAUGUUCUCACGACAUCAAGAUCAUCAUGGUGCAUGUCACGCCAUACUCAGAAUACAAAAUGUAUAUAAGUUAAAUACAACUGACAUCGCCAAUGGUAUCAUCAUGAACAAUAAAGCAACGGAGCCUCUCUCUGCGGUCGAGUGUCUAGAUAUAGCAAAAACCUCGACCAAAACAGCAUAUUAUAGACAAGGACUUGAUUGGAUAAACAUUGCCGUUCAGAAAAAUCUGUCACUUGCAGAUACAUUGGAAGCUAAAAUAACUACAGCUGAUAUUUUCCGAAUGGACGGUAACUUUACAGAGGCAAUGGCAAUAAUUCGCGAUAUACAAGCCGACAUCCAAUUCAAAGAUAAUUUGACAGAGUAUCACAAAAGUAGAAUUAAACUAGCAGAAGAAGGUACAAAGGGAC